GGAAGUGCGCGGGGGCGGAGGAGGUUCUAAGAUGGCGUCGCCUCCUCAGGGGGGCCCGAUGGCGAUCGCCAUGCGGCUGCGGAACCAGCUGCAGGCCGUCUACAAGAUGGACCCGCUGCGGAACGAGGAGGAGGUGAAGGUGAAGAUGAAGGAGCUGAACGAGCACAUCGUGUGCUGUCUGUGCGCCGGGUACUUCAUCGACGCCACCACCAUCACUGAGUGCCUGCACACCUUCUGCAAGAGCUGCAUCGUGAAGUACCUGCAGACCAGCAAGUACUGCCCCAUGUGCAACACCAAGAUCCACGAGACGCAGCCGCUGCUCAACCUGAAGCUGGACCGCGUCAUGCAGGACAUCGUGUACAAGCUGGUGCCCGGCCUGCAGGAGAGUGAAGAGAAGAGGAUCCGGGAGUUCUACCAGUCCCGCGGCCUCGACCGGGUGACGCAGCCCAGCGGCGAGGACACGGUGGGGGGUGACCCCAUGGGGCUGCCCUACAGCACCUUCGACCACUCCCGCGCCCACUACUUCCGCUACGACGAGCACGUCUCGCUGUGCCUGGAGAAGCAGAGCUCCAGCAAGGACAAGAGCAAGGCUGUUCUGCAGCAGAAGUACGUGAGGUGCUCCGUGCGGGCGCAGAUCCGGCACCUGCGCAGGGUCCUCUGCCACCGCCUGGGGCUGCCGCUGCAGCACGUGCAGAUCCUGUUCAACGGCGAGGCGCUCCCUGACCACAUGACAAUGAAGCAGCUGUGGCUCUCACGUUGGUUUGGCAAGCCCGCACCGCUUCUGCUGCACUACAGCAUCAAGGACAAGAGGAGGUAGGGGCUGGGGGUGGGUGCUGCCCCCCCCCCCGCAGCACAGCCCUGCUCCUGCCCCCACCCCGCUCCCUUUAACUUAAUACCCCCUCCCGCUCGAAUUUAUUUUUUGAAUAAAACUGUUGAAAAUCCA